GUAAGACAAAUAAUAUGACUGACACAUACUAGCUCCAUCUAUCCUUUAAGUUCUUCCAGAUCAGUUAAUGCGACAGGUAUACAAAUGAUAACCAUGGACCGGCGCAACCAGCCCCAACACAGACCACAACAUCCAAACGCUAAUCACCACGACAACCACCAGUCUACUUUUAAGAGAGACGUGGAUGACAGUGGGGGAGGUCACUUUCAACACAAGCGGUUCAGAGCGGGUCAUCAGCGCCAUCGCCAGGCUGGCCCUUCAACACCCCCAUCCAGCCCCCCAAACCAGAGCCUGAGCGUACAACGACAGUUGUACGAGAGAGACUUCCCCUUAUACAAACAGCCUGUGGAGGUUGGACAUUUUUCCCUGGACUCUGAACGAAGGUUUUUUAAUGACGACCGGCAGCUGCGUUACUAUGUUGAGCCUGAGAAGAGCUGUCCUAACUUCAACCUUAGGGAUGGAUACAGAGAUCGCUUCAUCAAGAGGGAUGACGGAGUGAAGGAGAAAUUAGACCACAUCCUUAGGUGGAUCCUGGCAAAUCGAUCCAAGCUACAGUCAAAAGAGGUGGCUGCUUCGUCUUCACCGUGUGCCUUAGGUGUAAACGUUGUAACAUGGCGUGGCCACCUGACCAAGCUUUUGACCACGCCUUAUGAGACCCAGGAGGGCUGGCUGCUGGCUGUCACCAGGAUGGGGGGGACACUGUACAUAAGCGAGGUGGAGACGGAGGCUGCACGCCGGGACCAAGAGGACCGCACUGAGAGGCACGAGGAGAUGAUGUACUGGGGGUACAAAUUCGAACAGUACACCUGUGCAGAUGAUGCCCAUAGUCUUCCAGACCCAGGCGGGGUUGUGAACACCAACGAGGCCUUCUGCACUGUAGUCCAGACACGGCUAGCCGAGCACAGACUGCUUUUCUCUGGCGAGGUGGACUGCCGGGAUAAAGACCCCAAAGCCCCACCUCCUCCUGCCUGCUACAUAGAGAUGAAGACCUCAUUAGAGAUCUCCACUCCCAAACAACGCAGCAACUUCCACAGGUUUAAACUACUGAAGUGGUGGGCUCAGUCAUUUCUUCCAGGGGUGCCAAGAAUUGUAGCAGGUUUCCGUGAUCAUGACGGAGUGGUUGUGUCAGUGGAGACUUUCCACAUCUCCAAGAUAUCUCAGCUUAUCAAGAAUGAAACCAACUGCUGGAAGCCUACAGUCUGCAUGAACUUCUGUUGUGACUUCUUGUCCUUCGUGAAGAGCAUUGUCACAGAAGACAAUCCCAGGGAGGUGCAUCUGUUCUCAUGGGAACCACACAGGGAUGUAACCUACUCCAUCCACAGAGACUCUCAGUACUCAUUCCUACCAGACUGGUACAUCAGGGAGAUGACCAGUCCCGCCAGUCGUGAGAUACACCACCACCACCCACCUCAAACUUGAUUUAGACCAAUCCGGACCAGUACCCAUGUUCGCAAAGCAUCUUCGAGUUGAAGUGCUUAACUAGGAUUUGGUCUUUCCACCUAUUUGUUAUGAUUUAGAAGGGAAAUCUGAUCUUAGAUUGGCACUCCUACUGUUUGAUUUUUUAUGCAUACAUCCACCGGAUUGUCACUUUUUUUAACUGUUUGGACUUGAAGCAAUAAUGCUGAAAUAUGCUAGUUGAACAUGAUGUAGAAACACCUUAAGCAUUCUGAAAGAGUUGGAGGACUAUGACAGGAUGGAUUUUUAUAAUAAAGAACUGAAUAUUGAA